CACAGAACAAAAGAAACGAUAAUCUUCACCACUAGGGAGUUAAGUGGCAUCUAUCAACGGCCGCCCAGAUGAGAGGUGGGAAUAGAGGCGGCGGCGGCGGUGGUGGCAGAGGUGGUAGAGGUGGUUUCAAUAAUCAAAAUAACCGCGGUGGUGGAAGAGGGGGCGGUUUCAACAAUCAGGGUGGCAGAGGUGGAUUCAACAACAACAAGAGAAACAACAACGGCGAAAAAAAUAAUCGGGGAAGAGGUGGAUUUAACAACAAUAACAACAGCAACAGGAAUAACAACAACAACAUCAACAACAACAACAACCGCGGUGGAAAAGGCGGUGGCUUCUUCAACAACAAGGGAAACAACUGGAAUAACAACAAUAACAACAACGGCAAUGGCAAGAACGGCAAGAAUAAGAAGAAAGUCAACUGGUAUCGCCCGCUCCUCGACCCAUACGACUUCGAAGACAACUCGGCCAGGGUGCUGUGGCGCUGGGGGGUUGACAGCAGUAAGGCCCCGGAACCCGAGGAUACAGAGAUGACGGACGCGCCUCCGUUGGAGAACCCCGAGCCUGACGAUGAUAUAACCAUGGGAGGCGUCUCUGAUGACGAGGACUCUGAUAUCUCGAUGGGAGGCUGGUCCGACUCAGAGUCUGAUUCGGAUACCUCGAUGAGAAGUUGGUCCGAUUCGGACCCCGAUACCUCAAUUCGGGACUGUGCUGACCUAGAUGCCUUGGUAGGGGGGCAGCCGGAUCGGGGUGCAAAUGAGCGGCGAUUGUCUGAUUCAGAUAUCUCGAUGCGAAGUUGGUCGGAUUCGGACUCUGAUACCCCCAGUGGGGCCUGUGCUAACCCGGAUACUUCAACAGGCGAGGAGUCCGACCCAGACACCGCGGUGGGAGUCCGUUUUGAGUUGUACAGGUCGUGCAAAGGCCGUCCCGGUACACCAGUUCCCUCGAGGAGAUCAAGCUCGAGCUCGGAAGCCUCGAGCGAUUCAUCGGAUCCGGACUACUUGCCAGACGACGAUGAGGAUCCAGAUGACGAAGAGGAUCAAGACUAUGCCUCCAAGCCAGGGAAACAAGCCCCAACCGACCCCUGUGAACAGAUGUAAUCACCCAGCGAAAGAACUGUUGAAGGGAUCCUGUUGUUGGACAUUUAACUUACCGUGGAUGGACUUGUUGUAUAUGUUGUCACUAUAUAUGAGAGCUUUGGGUUCUGGUGAUAGAGAUACCAAUCUAUCUAUCUUGGAAGUGUAGCUCUGUGCCUCGCAGCGCGGGCUCCGAGUUGACCAUCGGCGGAUCAAGAGGGAGAAUAUCCGAAGUUACCAAGUCGACUGCUAGUUAACCACAGAAGCUCCUUUUCUUAGCCUAGCAGAGUGCCAAUAUGAAGUGGAAUGAUAUAUAGUAUAUGCAACCGAGAUUUCGAUUCAACACUCGUAUGACUCGUGGCAGCUGAGGGGAGGGGGAGUCAACGGAACUCACCGUGCACUGUACUGUACAUACCAUAGUUUGGU